CUCGGAGCGAGCAUUUUCAUUUCAGCGCUGCAAUCUUGUCACACGCGCCUUCGCCCUUCGCUUCCAGAGUUGGUUUCCGAUUCCAGACCCUCAGCAACGAGCUUUCGAUAUUCGUGAGUAGAGAUCAUUUUUGCUCGGAAAUUGUUGUCGAACUGUUCGGAAGCAGCGCACCCGAUUUUGCUGUAGCCAACGACUUCAAGUUGGGUAGAUUCGAUCUAAAGCCCAGCAAGGUCGACUCGGAAAUCUGGUGGAUUUGAUACGGGCUUUUCGCUGUUCGAUCGUCCAGGACGGGGAAGUGCCCUUCAAGUGUGACUUUGUACGGAGCACGCUCGAUACUUCAUCUCGAAGAUCUUUCACAAUGUUGAACGAUGAGACCAUUACGAUGUAUGUGCUGGUGGCUCUUGUCUUCUUUCUGGCAGUAUGUUCUAUAUUUUACGCCAUGUGCCUUGAUUUGGCACGUUUCUAUCGCGCCCACCCGGCAGUUCUACCUCCUGUUCCGGUAGCUGAGGUAGCUUCUGUAGCUGCAAAUGGUGCCCAGGCCCCAAGGAUAUGGGUCUUACUACAAGCAGCACGACCCUCAGAGGGCAAUCUCUCUUUUCCGUAAUGUUACAUAUAAAAUAUGAGGUCACGUGCUGAAGAAACUGAAGUUUUCAAUCCGGCCAGCAUGAGUAUCGGAGUUUCUCUGAUGAAUUUGACAUUGUUACAAGUUACUCGUCAACAACUUCCAUGGUGGGAAGGUGCUGAUUUUCGGUUAAGGUUCUCAGACUCUAAGGUUGUGAUGUGGUCUAAUCUUACCUCCACAAUUUUAGAAGGCAAAUGCCAAGAGAUAAAUCUGAAUUGAAGUUCUGUUCCAGCAUAAACAUGGACAGAUUCUCACAUGAUGCUGACAAUGUUUCAAGUUACUUGUCACAAACGUUGAAGAUGGAGGGCGGGUGUUGUUGCGGCUUUAAGGUAUAAGCUCUGAGACUCGAGGAUGUGAAAUUCAUGAUUAGAACUUCCAGUGACACAUUUCUAGAGGUCAAUGUCAAUGGAGAAUCUGAAGUGAAGUUCUGUUCCAGCGAACAUGAGUAUGAGUCUGGAGAGAACCUCGGGAAUAUCGACAUCGCUUUUCAGUAACUCAUCAACAACGAUGAUGGUGGGGAGUUGCUGGUUUUAGGCAGAAGCUCUCAGAUCCUGAGGAGGCGAUAGUGUCUAAUUAUUCUGGCACAACUUAAAGAUGCCAAUAUCAGGAGACAAUCUCGCUUACAAUGCUUUUAGAAUCUGUAAAUAGUCACCUAGUACUUUAUCUGAGAUCCAGAUACUCUUUGAGUCAUCAAGCCUAAUACCUUUUUUGAGGAUCUUUGACUCUAAAAGUGCAAGAGGCAAAAGUGGAUCGUAUGAUAAAGAUGUUGUAGAUAGCAAUAGAUGAUACUUCAAGAUGUACUUUCAGUGUCGAUGGUUCCGCACGUGACGAACCCAAACAAUUAGGUGUUCCAUUAAGUAGUAAAGGCUUUUAAGCUUGCAAUUUUCUUUCUUAUCUUUCUGAAAAUGAGGUCACUGAAGAUAAUGGUGAACAGUCUCUCAUUGUCAACUUGCAUAGUUGCUUGUUGGAGAAAAUUUUUUCUUUUUUUUCCAACAAGCAACUACGCAAGUUGGCCAACAGAUCUCUGAAUCCAUGCCUUUGAAUACCUGACUUAAUUUUUAUCGUCUCACUUAUGAUGAUGGAAAUGCCCACAUCAUACGCGGUUACAAUGUCCACGUUUCCAACAUGAAGUUUUGACGAAACAGGACGAAGCAGAAGUUUCCAUAGUCAUUUGGGGGAGGUUUCUACGUCAGCACAAGACGUCAUUCUCCAUGCCGGUGGAAUUCAUGAGUCGUGACUGCCUGGUAGCGAGUAGAAUAUUUGUAAUUGCAAUUAGAUUAUGUAGAAUUAUCUUCAGAAAAUUAUUAUCAACAUAGUCAUUUUGCCCU